AUGGAUCAAUUCAGAUCGCUGCAGGAGUACCUGGCGCACUCCCAAUUUGUUUCCCUUUUGAGGCAAAAGGCCCAUGAUCAGGUCAUGGCAUCGAUGAACCUAUCCUUUGCCUUUAAGACGGUUUGUUUCGCGGUUCUGUUUUUCUACAUAGGAUCGCUCUACAUGAAGAUGAACCAGCAGAAUACAGAUAACCUAAGCUGCAGGACGAACCCGUACCAAGCCAUCGAAUACGCAAACGCCCACCCCUCGAAAGACCAAAUGGAGGAAUGGAAGCGAAACGCCUGGACAGAAUGGUUGACCCAGUUGGACGAGGACUGGAAGUCCUUCAGUGAACAAAUUGAAGAAGAUAAAAAGGCAUGGAUUGAGGAAAAAGAUGGAGAUUGGGCAAUGUUACUCGAAGAUAUGCAAAACAAGUGGCUACACUUCAACCCAAACUUAGAUGAGGAAUACCAAACGGAUAUGCUAGCCAAAUCAGAAACCUGGGAUGAGAGACAAUGGAAAAUGUGGAUUUCUACAGAAGGAAAACAAUUUCUAGAAGGAGACCUAAAAAAAUGGUUUACUCAAAACGCAAUGGUAUAUUGCAAGUGGGCUAUGGAUGAAUGGAAUGAAUGGAAAAAUGAAAAAAUCAAAGAAUGGAUUACUUGCGAAUGGAAAGAGAGUGAAGAUAAAUACUGGUCCAAGUAUGAUGAGGCCACGGUACAAACCCUACCUAUGGAAGAAAGAAAACAGUGGUAUAAAUGGAAGGAAAGGAUAUACAGGGAAGGCAUCGAAUGGAAAAAUUGGAUUGCCAUUAGGGAGAGCAGAUUUGUUAACUCCAACUGGAAUACCUGGUCAGAAUGGAAAGACGAAAAGCAGCAAGAAUUCAGUGAAUGGGUUGAAACCUUCAUCGAUAAAUGGAUUAAGGAGAAACAGUGGCUCGUGUGGAAUGAGGAGAAAAAGAAUUCCACCAAUUUGCAGAAGCCCACCGAGGAAGAAGAAGCUGGUCCAAGUGGCGUCGAUCAUCCAACUCCAUCUGCCACGCCAGUUAGCCAAGAAGGCCAAACCCUUGGAGGCAAGGAAACUAAACCUUUCGGUGGCCAAGGCCAAACUCUCAGUGGCAAGGAAUCCAAACUUUCCGGCAGUUUAGAAGGAAAAACUCUCAGUGGUGAAGAAGGCGAAACGCUAGGACGCAAAGAAACCAAACUUUUCGGUGGCCAAGGCCAAACGCUCGGAGGUAAAGAAACUAAACUUUUCGGCAACCUAGAAGGCAAAACCGUUGGAGGCAAGGAAACCAAACUUUCCGGAAACCUAGAAGGAAAAACCCUCAGUGGUGAAGAAGGCGAAACCCUUGGAGGCAAAGAAACCAAACUUUCCGGCAACCUAGAAGGAAAAGCUCUCAGUGGUGAAGAAGGCCAAACCCUUGGUGGUCAAGGAUCUAAACUUUUCGGUGGCCAAGGUCAAACCCUCGGUGGUCAAGGAUCUAAACUUUUCGGUGGCCAAGGUCAAACCCUCGGUGGUCAAGGAUCUAAACUUUUCGGUGGCCAAGGCCAAACCCUCGGUAGUCAAGGAUCCAAACUUUUCGGCAGCCCAAUAGGCAAAACCCUUGGAGGAAAGGAAACCAAACUUUCCGGUAACCUAGAAGGAAAAACCCUCAGUGGUGAAGAAGGAGAAACCCUUGGAGGCAAAGAAACCAAACUUUCCGGUAACCUAGAAGGAAAAACCCUCAGUGGUGAAGAAGGAAAAACUCUCAAUGGUGAAGAAACCAAACCUUCCGGCAGUCUAGAAGGAAAAACCCUCAAUGGUGAAGAAACCAAACCUUCCGGCAGUCUAGAAGGAAAAACCCUCAGUGGUGAAGAAACCAAACUUUCCGGCAACCUAGAAGGAAAAACCCUCAGUGGUGAAGAAGGCGAAACGCUUGGAGGCAAGGAAACCAAACUUUUCGGUGGCCAAGGUCAAACGCUCGGUGGUCAAGGAUCCAAGCUGUUCGGUGGCCAGGGCCAAACCCUAGGUGGUCAAGGAUCCAAACUUUUCGGCAGCCCAUUAGGCAAAACCCUUGGCGGCAAGGAAACCAAACUUUUCGGCAGCCCAGUAGGCAAAACCCUAGACAGCCAAGAAGGAAAAACCCUCGACAGCCAAGAAGGCAAAACCCUUGGCCAAUGA